CUCGCAACAGAGCUAAGAACUCGCAAACCUCCCAACAUAGCAAUACAUAACCAACGCUCUUUUUAGACUACCUAUACACAGAGACAUUGUAUCUUGUGCACCAGAAUUGAGUUGUUGUUUUUUUUUUUACGUUGAAAGUUUCUCGUCAAUUAGACAGUUUGGGAAGUUUACAUGGACAAAUCUGUAAGUCUUGUAAUCGCUUCACGCCGAACUUUGCCGUCUUGUUCUGGUCACUGUGGAUUACUGAGAUACAGCUCUCGCUGACAUCGACCUUUGGCAUUCAGUUCUGCGGGGAACCUUUUGGAGAUUAAAUUUCGUGACCGAGUCUUCGUUCACCAGAAAUGGGAAGUAAAACUCUGCCUGCCCCGAUCCCGCUUCACCCGUCUCUCCAACUCGCCAAUUAUUCGUUUCUCCAGGCGGUAAAUAGCUUCCCCGCCGCUGUCGACCACCUGCAAGGACUCUACGGCCUCAGCGCGGUGCAGACGAUGCACAUGAACCACUGGACGCUGGGCUACCCUCACAUGCAGGGCCUCCGCUCCACCAUCACCGAGAUGGCCGCGGCACAGGGCCUCGUGGACCCUCGAUUCCCUCUCCCCGCGUUGCCGUUCGCUGCGCACCUCUUCCAUCCUAAACAAGGGGCGAUAACUCACGUAAUUCCGGCGCUCCACAAAGACAGGCCCCGCUUUGAUUUCGCUAAUCUCGCCGUCGCGGCUACGCAAGAAGACCCGCCAAAAGCCGGUGACCUGUCCAAACUGACAGCGGGUCUCAGCGGGGCGAUGGCGGAGCUGAACAAACUGUCACCGGACAGAAAGCCCCCGCGUGGCAGGCUUCCAUCUAAGACCAAAAAGGAAUUUAUUUGCAAAUUUUGUGGGAGACAUUUUACCAAGUCCUAUAACUUGCUUAUUCACGAGCGUACCCACACAGACGAAAGACCCUACACGUGUGACAUAUGCCACAAGGCUUUUAGGAGACAAGAUCACCUCCGUGACCACCGAUACAUCCACUCCAAGGAGAAACCUUUCAAAUGUCAAGAGUGUGGAAAAGGGUUUUGUCAGUCGCGAACUUUGGCUGUCCAUAAAACACUGCACAUGCAGGAGUCUCCUCACAAAUGCCCCACAUGCGGAAGAACCUUUAAUCAAAGAAGUAACCUGAAAACUCACCUUCUCACCCAUACAGACAUCAAGCCCUACUCCUGUGAGCGCUGCGGAAAGGUGUUUCGGCGCAACUGUGACCUGCGACGGCAUAGUUUGACACAUACACCCCACCAGGACUACUAGCUGGCAGGACUAGAAAGCUAAAAUAAAUCAAAUUCCCAGCGGAUAUAGCAGCCUUUUCAACACCGACCGGUUUUGCUGUGAAAUAAUUGCGGACAAAUCUCACGGAGAGAGCCCAACCUAAAGCCACCUAAAGCAGGAACCACCUAAAGCAGGAUAAAGCGUUGCUGCAUUGAAAAAGACACGCAAACUCUCGGAAUUGUUGUACAUAUUUGUUGUUGUUAUUGUUGUUGUUUAACCUCGGAAUUUGAAUUCAGAGUUGUUGUAAAUAGUGCACAAAUGUGGAUGUUUGUGAAAUGUAUUGUAGAAAUAAAGAGAAGUUAAACGAAA